AACCACAAAAAUUCUGCUUUGAAAACAAGAUAAAAAUCAGCAUGCCACUGGGACAAGGGGCUUUUUUGAUGGGUUUCACUUCACGGACCUCCUGCCUUGCACAAAGCGGCAUUUGCAGAGCAAUUGCAAAGAAGAACAGAGCUGGAGACGUCAGCUACAUAUCAGCAAUGCAUGGACUUGGGAAUCAAAAUUGCAUAGGAAUGGGUGCUGUAAAACAUCCCCGUGUCUUGUGUGCUCUGUAAGACCACAGCAUGCUUUGACAUCCACACCGGACCACUUAUGCACGAGCAAGUGAAGGUGGCAGAAUCUUUCUCAAGAAAUGCAGCCAGGGGCCGGAGUCCACAUCACAGGACUCGUCCCCAUGUUGUGCAGGUCAGGAUGUGAUGGGAGUGCCCCAAAUGGCUGAGAGACAGCAGACUGCGAUGGCUGAUCUGACUUCAAGAAGGAGCGCUGUCAGUCUGAAUCUCAACUGAAGACACACCAGAGAAAUCCAUAAAAAUCAAUGCAAUAAAAAAGAAUACCCUGAGUUCCGGAUCUCUACUGGAGUUCUUCAGAACUUAUUCUGUACUGAACCCCGCAUCGUCACAGAAGAGGGUCCUGAUGACAUCACAUCCUCUCCUAUCAGUUACGCUGCCUAAAAAGUUAAGAGACAAAGAUCACCCGCGCUGCGCUGCACCGCCCCGAGGACGAUGGCCGCGUCUCCUGCACUGCUCCUCCUGCUCAGCCUCACGCUCUGCUGCACCAGCACCCAGGACCAGGGGAAUGAGGUGGUAGUCAGGUUCCCUGACAGAAAGAUCAUACAGUCCAAGGAGGGACAGCGGCUGCAGCUGGAGUGCCUGCAAUAUAACAGGGACAGACCUGUCUUCUGGAUCCGCCUGGACAAGUCUGCGAACCUCCAUUUCAUCGUCUCUAGCACACCUGUUUUCAGGACCACUUUCCAUGGGAAUAAGAGAAUGUCCUCACAGUUUGAGACAUGGUGGAGAGGCAACUCCUAUCAGCUGGUGGUGAAGAACUUCAGGGCACAGGAUGAGGGCAUCUAUUUCUGCGUCAGCUACAUCAACCAGGUGCUGCACUUCAGCUCUGGACAACCCGCCUUCUUACCAGUCACUACAACAACAGCAGCACCCACCACACCCGCUGCCACCAGCCACAGCAGCCAGCUCACCAGCAAGGACAUCUCCCGGCACAGCCCGCAUCCAGGUAACCCAGCUCCCUGCGGGGAGGCAGGGGCUCUGCCUGCACUGCUGCUUUGCUCUCAGGAGCCUGAAUUAAGGCCUGUGCUGACUGAUGUGGGGAAAGAGGAAGGCUUUGAAUCUGUAUCAGACAGCUUCUGAUGAGGAGGUGAAAAUAACUCUAGUUAGUAACGGGCAGAUCAGGAAAGAGGUGCAGUGACCAUCCACAGAGAUAUUUGACUUCUCUGUGGGAGGCACUAAAGGACGUGGGACAUUAAUGGGACUGAGAAGGACAGGCUGAUGGUUGGCCUUGGAGAUCUUGAAGGUCUUUUCCAUACUAAAUCAUUCCACGAUCCCAUUAUGCAAGCUACCUUUCAUCCCACUUGAUGUGACCUACAGGUCACAAGCAUGCCAAAUGAUGGGUCACACCAAAACAAGGGAUUGCAUUUUCAGCUAACACUGGUUUCAGCCUCAGCAGUGGAUACGUGAAGACUACUGGCUACAAGUCCUCCCUCAGCUCCCCAGCACAAUGCCGACAGCAGCAGCCCAUGGCUGGGGAUGUCACCUGCAGACAUGCCUGGUCCCUUCCUCUCACUCUGCGCCCUUAGGAAGCCCUCUCCUCACCUACACCUACCACACGGCUCUCUUUGCUGCAGCACCACCCGAUAACAAAGCCACAGCUGGCCAUAACCCCAGCUGGGAGCACUUUCCUCUUUCUCUCCUUUCUACCUGCAGAAACAAGCAAUGAGAAGACGCUGAACUACAGCUGUGAUACAGUCAUGUGGAUUAACCUGGCUUGCGCCUGCCUCCUGCUCCUCACUGCCAUAACCAUCUGCAUCGUGCUCUCCCAAAGUAAGUCGCAUCCUCACACCCUGCAGAGCUUCCUGCAGCCUCACACCAAAGAGCACAGCCCGCUCCUCCAGGGGAAUGGGCUCUCUGCCUAUUGCCAUCACGCAGCCAUUGCAUACCCAGGACACAACGAAUGCAGAAGGACUGCUCUUAAAACCCCUUUCCAAAUUUUCCUCAUCUCCAGAUUUAGAUUCAGAAAUAUUUAUCACAUUCUACACUGUCAGACAAGAAGUUAUAAGCACAGACAUCUUCCUCUACCAAACUCUACUGGCUAUACCAUUCCAAAACUUGUCUAAGUACCAGAACACGAAAUUUUACUGAACCAUUUAUUUUUGCCUUUUUGUGCUGCUUUGAAUUACCAGUCAAGACCCAUGGGCUGCAUUAAUUUCUGCAGCAGGCAGAACAAAGACAGAUUGUUGCACCACACCUGGAAUUUCUGCUGAAAUUCCUGGCUCAACGUUGCAGUCAGCAGCAGGCACCCUGAGGUAGUGAUAGAGAUGCCACAAUGGGGACAGGUAUCGUUCAAGGAGGUGGACGUAGAACUGCUGUAAGGCUGCUCAGAGCCACCAGAGCAGGCACAGGGCCUCUCAGAGACUCUGCCUCAAGGCACAACCAGGUAUCUUUGAGUCACAGCCUUUUCUCUUCCCCCUUCCAUUUGAAACAAAAGAUUGUCGUUUGAGACUAAGUUCAGAAAUCUUCAAAAAAACUCUUGAAUCCUCCUUACUAAUGAGAUCAGAUGUUCCCAUGUAGACCGCAGGAAGAGUCAGCAGUGCUGAAACAAACACAACCACGCGUCACACACGCUUACCACAAGCCCAUUUCUUGCACGGACCAAGCUCAGCGUAAGCAAGCAGUGCUGCGUGGCUGCUCAGCAGAAGCCACACAGGCGUCCUCCUCAAGCACCGCACUGACACCAGCAGCAACACAGACAGCUGCCCUGAUGCAGCGCGGCCAUUUGCCUGCUCCUCCUCUGCCUGACCAUCAAUCACACCCAAAACUCAGCUCUCAU